AUGUCAACCGACCUGAGUGACCGAGGGUUUGGUAUUGACGGUAGUCUGCAUAGCAGCAAUGAGGAAGUGAGUGCAGACUCUUCAGAAAUACCACUUCAGGACUCUCAGGUGCUGAUCACAGAAACAGAUGUGACUUUGCCUUGGUCUCUGGAUGGGAAUUGUGAGUUUCAUGAAAUGAACCAAGAGAGAGAGUCACAGUGGGCCGGUCUGUUCCCUGACUCAUGUGGCUCCUCUUCCUUGCUAGUAAAGGUUUACCAAGAAAUGAUGAUCAUCUACAAACAGCUGAAGGCAGAGAGGCAAAGCCAGCAGCAGAGGGAGAGGUUGUUGCAGGAACGAGAGAGGAGGCUGAAACAACAGGAGGAGGCUUUUGGAAGGUUGGCGGGACUGGAGGAGAUGGUUCACUCUCGCAUACUGGCUAUAGAGGAGAAACACCAGCAAGACCUGAUGGAGCAGCGGCAUCUUCUACAAGAAAAGAACAAGGAGAACAAAAGGCUCAAAUCCAACUUUGACACCAUUAAAGAGUUGAAUGACAACAUGAGGAAACAGUUGACUGAGAUCAGUGAACAAAAUAAGAGGCUGGAGAGCCGGUCGAAGAGGUUGCAAGCUCGACUCGAGAACCUUCAGAGGAAGUACCAGCAAUACACAACUUUAAGAGCCUGUCAAAUGGGGAAUGGUAUCGGUACAGUUUGCAUUAAACCUCACAUAAAAGAGAAAACCUUUGCCUCAGGAAAACCCAGUAACAAGGGCAGCUUGAGUACCAUCCAGCUAAAGCUCCUGGAGCUUCUUCUGGAAUGGGUACUUGAUGGACAGAUGUUCUCUGUAGGAGCAGGAAAUGAAAUGAAAGAUGCAGCCCAGCAUUUGCCCCCGGAGGUUGUACUUGAUGAGAGAUGUCUGAAGGCUCUGCCAUUAUUAGCUGAUCAGCUUCACGAUGCUCCUCAAAUGGAGCCUAACCUUCUCCUCCACCUCCUCCGCCUCAUUUACUGGGCCCUGAGACACUUGGAAAAUAGCAAACAGCAAGCAUCACUCCCUGCCACCCUGCGGCGGAUUGGAGAGGGAUUGUCAAAGCCGGCGGUACUGCCAUGCAAAGAUCCAGACUUUUUUCUUUCCUGCACUGAAGCAGCUGGAGGAAUCAUUUCCCAGAAGGCUUGUCCUCACACACGUAUCCUUUCCAACCUCAUCAUCCUUCUGACCACCACCCAAGCUGAUGUGACAGCGCAGGCGCUCGACAGUCUCAAUACCGAGCUUAAGUGUGAGGAGAGUCGAGGCCUGUACAUCCAUUAUGAAGGAGUCCAUGCUCUGCUUUCAGUGCUCCGGUCUGGUCGUGCACGGCUUCACACAGCUAUAAACAUCCUGAUGCAACUUGCGGAACAAUCCCGCUAUUUCAAGCCAUUUCUGAAGGCAUGUAGCUGCGAGGAGUUCUUCAGAACGAUAUCUCAGCUCCUUAAAAAUCCUCAUCUGGAGUUGCCUUCACUUGAGAAGCUCUCCAUCCUUCUCCAGAAGCUCUCUAGCAUCAGGAAAAACCAUCACCUGUUUGAAUGCUCCUCCCUUCACCUCCACAUACAAGAGCUGCAUCACAAAACUGACGCCAGACACACUUUCCUCCAUCUCAACCUCAGAGCCACCCUUCACAACCUCAAAUAACACAAACUGUUUAUUUUUUUCUGUUUGUUUUUGUUUGUUGGUUGGUUGUUUAGCUAUUUGUGAAUUC